AUGCCCCGAACAGAAUCAAGGAAGGCAUGUCUGAACUGUCGCCAGCGGCAUCUCAAGUGUGACCGAGAGCAGCCAUCUUGCCGUCGAUGCAGAGAUUCAAAAGUGGCUUGCAAACAAUCGGCGGUGCAUUCAUUUCGGAAUACUGUCCUUGAUGGAGACUUCAAUCGAUCUGAACAACGAGUCGACACACUACCGGGUCAGGAUACAGAGCCAAGUGACCAAAUACAGACACGGUUUGUCGACCAGACACGUUCCGUGAUCGAAGCCCACAGAAGACGAAACUGGGCGGUGGACACUGAGUCAGAGCCAGGACAGCCCUGGGAUGCCCCGGCUAAGCCGCAGCCACCAGAGCUGUCACCUUCUGCUACAUUCUUCUUUAAUCACCCCCCGUCGAUCAUUGGUCUGCCGUUGGCGGCAGAUGUGCGUCAUGUCGGUCCUCCUUCCAUUGGUGGCAGCCCUAGUCCCUUGGACCCAUUUCUGUCAACGUCCCCAUACCUGAGGGGUAGUUCAGGUAGCACUCACGGUGGUGCUGGCAACCUAAGCAGUCUAUAUUUAGGUCCUUCAAUGGAACGGUUUCAUCCACCGCAGUCAACUAGUGCUGCUACACCGACUGAACCAGUGCCUGUCAUUACGCAUCCCAGAGAAGCAUACCUCCUCAAAGUCUUCACACAAACAUGGGGACCAAUAUUCGACUGUGUCGAUCCUGAUUUAACUUUCACGAAAUCCAUCCUUCAUAUAGCGAUUCACUCUUUCACGCCGCUAUAUUGGGCCGUGCUGGCGACUUCGGCCCUGCAAUUAUCGCGGGUAUCAAAUUAUCCAGUUUCUGCGGCCAGGUACUAUCGUGAACGAUGUUCAAAUUCUAUAAUGCCGAUUUUACUCCAAUCAGCUCAGCCUGAGGCUAAUGAGGAAACGCUCUUCGCCACAUAUGUUCUCCUUCGAAACUACGAGCACAUGACUGAAAAUCUUAUGGAGAAAGACAGCGCCAGCUUGUUUACUGCGUCCCUGGCCAUAUCCGUGAACCCUCGGGAUACGGUGACUGACAAGAUGAACCUAGGCCGCGCUGCAUUUUGGGUCCAUCUUCGCCAGGAUAUUCAUGUUGCGCUCCUCCUGCAAGUCCCCAUAAACGUUGAUUACCCACCCUGUCUUCAAAGAGACAAAAUCUUACAAGAUGUCGAAAAUAUGACUUCAGGAACGACUCUGCUCCCGGAUGACGUCAUCGACUGCGCAUGGACUAACAAAGUUGCCCUGACUUUGGUUGACAUUAUCAAUUAUUGUUUUCAACGUCAGCCUCGCCAUGUGGAAUCAUGGAUCAAUCUCCGUGGCCGGCUGGAUCACUGGAUCAUUGGAAAACCAAGACGGUUUCAUCCUUAUUACGAAAGAGCAGCAGACCUGGCAAACGGACGCGUUUUUCCUGACAUAUGGAUUUCGUGUGAUUGCUACGUCCUGGCGUGGCUCUAUUAUCAUACAGCGUCUGUCUUGCUGAAGACGUUCUUACCGUGUUCAGAUGCUCUCGCUACCAGGGCCCAGCAAAGCAAGUCACCAAUCCUCAAUUCCAUCGUGAACAGAGAGGAAGUCUUGAUUCAUGCCAGAGCCAUAUGUGGGAUAGCAACCACCAACCCAAACGCCCAGGCUCUGAUUGUUGUCUGUCACAUGGUUACAGUUUCCGCAGUCUUUUUCACCACUGCUGAUGAACGAAACGAAACAAUCAGAUUGAUAAGGCUAGCCCAUACGCUGACGGGCCAUCCACUACGUGACAUUGAGGAAAAGCUUCAGGAUGCUUGGAAUCAACAGAGAAACAUAUCGGAUACAAGCCUGCAAACCUGA